AUGGACGAACUACUUAGCUUCAAGCAUCUGGCUCUGAAGUCGUCCCAUUCGGACGAUGAAGCAUCUCAGCCAAAUACCGCCACCACAUCCCAAAAUACGACUCCAGGAGAAACUCCGACCGGAACUCCAGCACAGCAAAGGAAAGGCAGCACUGUGAUGAAGCUCAACAUUAAUGACAGUACUUGGCACAUUGACAAGGUCAGAAAACGCAAGGGGGGCAAAGGCUCGGACCCCGACGACCCUUCAGGCAAACCAAAAAAAGUGAGUUGAACGUCGAGACAUUUUGAGAAUCCGGCAAAAGGAUCUAUGGAUAUGUCCCUCUAGAAAUCCAGUCCGCAGGUCAGCUUCCUGCGAUCCAUACCGCGACGUCUGGAGAACCCCGACACGCGAUUCAGGGUUGUCUUGGGGGUUUUGAUGUCGUCCAUCUUAAGCAUAGUCUUCUUGACGCAUCAUCUUCAUCGAGCUCUCGAAGAUUCGAAACACGUGAAGAUGGGAAUUCGACUUGACGAGCGAGAUCUCUACAUCCAUCACAACUGGCGGGGAAUGUUGCUGCACGGAAAACUCGCGAAUUCGCUCAGUACCGCGCUGAUGGCUCACACAUGUAAAACGGGGAAACCGGGUUUCUGCAAAGAAUGGAAGUUCCGCGCAAGGCUCGAAAUCUACCUCGACUACAGGGAGAAUAACGUCACGUGCUACAACAUCGUCUGGAAGAAGAUGGGUCACUCCGAUAUGGAGGACACGUACAAUCUCCGGAACGCCGAGUGGUACGGCAUGGGAGAGGUGACGAAUUUGUUCUGGCCCAGCCGAGGUUUCCAGGUCGACUACAUCAAGUUCGCGACCGGUCAGUCCCCUCUCGGCACAAUCAUCAAGCCGUACUGGUUGUCGUCGAAAGGUGUCGGGAUCCUAGUCCAUAAAAAAGAACAGGAUAAAUUGUUAUUCAGUUUCAACAGCACGGGGGAUAAUCAAUUGCUCCUGUACACUACGGAUAACGUUCUCAACUACACAAUAUGCAAGGGCGAGACCGCGUUCGACGUGCACAUGUCGUUUUUUCCGAAUCUUUCGCGGAAACCUAUCGAGCAGCCAGCCAACCCCAACAUGACCCAGAAGACAACCCCUUCACCCCAAGAGCAAAAAGAAUCCCUCUUAGAAGGGAACUCCACAACGGCGCUGUUCCUAAAGAGGGCGAUCCUGGCACCGCAAGUCGAUCAGGUCGAACAUUUUAAUCAAACGAUGAUCUCGGCGUUCGCGGAGAAAUUCAAAAGCGAUCAGGGGAUAAUCCAAGGACAUUUCGUCAUUCUCCAGCACUGGUGGCAGAGAAGUUCGGGCGACCUCGACUUCAAUUCGGAGCGAUUUCCGAAGCCUGCCGAGAUGGUGAAGCAGCUACAUAAGAACGACAUGCGAGUCAUGCUCGAAGUCGAUCCGUACAUGUGCCUGAACUCGACGAACUUCAACUCGGUGUCGCGGGGCGAGGUCCUGAUCCAUGACGAGAACAGCGUCCCCCUCUUCACCCGCUGGAAAGGACAGCUCUGCUCCCCUAUCGAUCUUUACAAUAUCAAUAACGCGGUCAAGUGGUUCCUGGAGAAACUUCAGAACCUCAAGAAAAUCUACGGCAUCGAUGGCUUCGUCUUCCAAGGGGGGCAGUCUUCCACACUGCCGUACCACUACGUCAACACCAAGGGCAGGAGCUACCUCCAUCAGUACCUCUACGUAGUGGGCAACGUGAGCGAAUACGUCGGAAGUCCUGGAGGUGACAAGGGUUUCGUGUCCCUCGGCACGCAACCACCAACUUGGGAAACCCUGAAGAGUCUCCCAGCGAAAGUGAUGAUGAUCGGUUUGUUCGGGAACAAUAUAAUAAACCCGGGAUGUGUCGGCGGUGACCUCGUCAUGGGUGGGUCGAUCGAAGACACUGAACUUUACGUUCGCUGGUGGCAAUUCGCGGUCUUCAUGCCGGUGCUUCAGGUAUGCCGUGUCCCGAACGAAGCCAUAGCUGGGGACUUCGUGGUGGUCAAAACAAUCCGCAAACUCGUAAACUUGAGAGAAAAGAAGAUUCUCAAAGCUAUCGAGAAGUCCCUCACCGAAGAACCGAAUUUUCCCGUGGUUCGACCUAUCUGGGCCCUGGAUCCUAAAAAUGACAAUUGCUACAAGUUCCCGAACCAGUUCGCUGUAGGAAACGAUAUGAUUGUGGCACCGAUCCUCGAACCAAACGUCAAUGAGACCCUCGUGUACCUUCCGUUCGGGACGUGGUGCGAGGAUCAAAAAGUCCACGGUGGUGAGAGUACUAUCACGGUCAGAGCCGAACUGGAUACGGCCAUCUAUUUUUUCAGAUGCAACAAGACCGUGUCCUACGGGACGCAUUGAGUUUGACGAGGUCACACGUUCAUGGAAUUUUGGAACAAUUAUUAUUCGUGAGAGUCUCGAUUAUCGGGAUCGCGAAGUGGUGAUAAUCGUGAUAAUAGGAUGCGGAGUUUUGCGAUCGGAGAAGGUCGCAGGUCUAACCGACAGAAAUCGUGAGAUAAUUGGAGAUAUAUGUAGGCAUUGCAUAGAAAGUGUAGAUAGGAGUCGACUGCCAGCAGUAUUACAACUCUCGCUAGAAGUUCGCUCGAGAGUCUGGCAAAAUCCUAGAUUUCAUUGUGUCUGUACAUACACUGUUUUACGCGAGUCUCCUGGCUCAUAGUGAGCCGACUCGAAAAUUCCUACUCCGAAGCUUCGGUUGAAGAUACUGUAAGCAAUGUUCCUCCUACUCGAGUCACGACACAGUAUAUUUCUA